CAGGUCAGCCUGGGAGGGUCACAGGCUAAAGUCUUUUACUUUUCCCCUGUCUCUCCCUUCACACCUUCCAAGAAGCGCUCCAUUCUCUCAACUGUCCUCUCAGCCAUAAAGUGUCACAAUGCCUCAUGCAUACCCAUUCCUCUCUCCUGAGCAGAAGAAAGAGCUCAGUGACAUAGCUCAGAGGAUUGUUGCCCCUGGCAAAGGAAUCCUUGCUGCUGAUGAAUCCACAGGUAGCAUUGCCAAGCGGUUCCAGAGCAUUAAUGCUGAGAACACUGAGGAAAACCGAAGGUUUUACCGUCAGCUGCUCUUCACCGCUGAUGACCGCAUCAAGCCAUGUAUUGGAGGAGUCAUUUUCUUCCACGAGACCCUCUACCAGAAGACUGACGAUGGGAAGGUCUUUCCCCAGCUCAUUAAGGAGAGGGGCAUUGUUGUGGGCAUCAAAGUGGACAAGGGUGUGGUCCCUCUGGCUGGAACUAAUGGCGAGACCACCACCCAAGGAUUGGAUGGCUUGUACGAGCGCUGUGCUCAGUAUAAGAAGGAUGGGGCUGACUUCGCUAAAUGGCGCUGUGUGCUGAAGAUCACGCCCACCACCCCCUCCAGCCUGGCAAUCAAAGAGAAUGCCAAUGUGCUAGCUCGCUACGCAAGCAUCUGCCAGAUGCAUGGCAUUGUUCCCAUUGUGGAGCCUGAGAUCCUUCCUGACGGUGAUCAUGACCUGAAGAGAUGCCAGUAUGUGACAGAGAAGGUUCUGGCAGCUGUCUAUAAGGCCUUGUCUGAACACCAUGUUUACCUUGAGGGCACUCUGCUCAAGCCCAACAUGGUGACUGCUGGGCACUCCUGUUCCCACAAGUACACACCCCAAGAAAUCGCCAUGGCCACCGUCACGGCCCUGCGCCGCACUGUGCCCCCUGCUGUCCCUGGCAUUACUUUCCUAUCUGGAGGACAGAGUGAGGAGGAGGCCACACUCAACCUGAAUGCCAUGAACAUGUGCCCACUGCACAGGCCCUGGGCCAUCACUUUCUCCUACGGUCGUGCGCUGCAGGCCUCUGCCCUCAAGGCCUGGGGAGGCAAGAAGGAAAACGCAAAGGCCUGCCAGGAGGAGUUUGUCAAGAGAGCUGUGGCUAACAGCGCAGCAUCCAUUGGUAAAUACGCUUCUAGUGGAGAGGCAGGGAAAGCAGCAGGAGAGUCCUUGUUCGUGGCAAAUCAUGCUUAUUAGAGGGCCCAUGCAUGCUGCUGCACACCAGCAGUCCUGAAACUCCUCUUCCCCCCAGAAAUGACUGGACAGUCAUUGGUUCUACCUGCUCUUACCUUGGCCUGGCAACAGUUGUGUAACUGUAGUAACAUGAGAUGUAAUAUGGGAUUCAUGUUGUCUUUAUGGUGAGAGAAAGAAACUCAGAACCUUUGUUGUUAAGGAAGACCUCUGAAAAAAAAAAACAGAAAAAAAACAUUGAAAAUGUCUUCCUUCAUGUCCUUUUUGUUAUUUCAUAAAACCUUAAUUCAGGCAGAGAAAACAAUCUUUAUUGUUAAGAAAUGAAAUUUUGGAUUUCUUUUUUUCAUAUAUGUUCACAUUACCCUGGUCUGCGAAAACCAAGCAAAUAAAGAACUAGCUCCCCAA